CAACGACGAUUAACCAUUGUGACCAGCAUUAACGAGAAUGAGUGUUUGAGUAGUCUCGCCCCAGAUACUUUUCCUGUUGGGAAUGUCUCUCAUCACUCAGCCGAUAGUGAUGAGCGAACUGAUGGAAUUUGCACGGCUUUUGCAUUUGCCGAAUUGGGCUCCUUUUACUACGCCAUUUGCAAUUACCAACUGGCCUGUCGAUUGGCUAAUCUAGCUCUGAGAAGAAUUUCCACGAAAUCCUCUUCUCCCCGAGUUGUGAUUCAGGUGUUACGACUCGUCUGUCGGAUCUGCGUAAUCCAAAGGAAGUUUGUCCUUGGAAUGAAGAUCAUCCAGUUGGUUGCUCAGUUCACCAGAGAAACACUGGGUUCGCACAACAUCCUCUAUGCAAAUCUUCUGCUUGACCAUGCCUGUCUAUUUCUCAAUACAGAUAAUACCUCAAGAGCUUUGGAACUCUACCGGGUAGGUCUUUCAAUUAUGUUGGACUGCCUACCUGGUUUGAGCAUGACAACUGCUUUGGCUCUAGAGGAUAUCGCUUAUGCUUUCUACGUUCAUGAGUACAAUACAGGUAAUUUCGAUCUGGCUCGACUGUUCGCUGAGAAGGCAGUUGGAACGAUCAAACAUUUGGGCGAUCAAUGCUGUAUGCAAUACGGUUCGGCCAUUAGGGUCAAAGCUCUGAUUCUGGAGGAGAUUGCAUUAUCCGAACCGCAUCCACAGAGGAGGGAAUCCAGACUCUUGAUUGCAAAAGAUAUGCACUUACUCUCCCUCCAUAUCUGUGAAGAGACAUUCGGCGUGUGGAAUGUUCAGACUGCCAAGCACAUUGGCAACCUUGGACGAGUCUUUCAGGCUCUGAAGCGCAGUACCCUGGCGGAAAAAAUGCAUCUGAAGGCGAUUUCGAUCAAAGAACGCUUUUUGGGACCAAAUGAUUAUGAGGUGGGUCUCAGUGUUGGGCACCUGGCCUGUCUCUACAAUUACCACAUGCGCGAGUAUAAAAAGGCUGAGGCGCUCUACCUACGAUCUGCUCAAAUAAGUCUGGAUGCAUUCGGACCAGGGUACAGUGGAUUGGAGUAUGAUUAUAAAGGUCUUCAAAGUGUCUAUCGGAAAAUGAAAAACAUGGAGAAAAUGAGGGAGUACAUCCGGAUUUUUGACGAAUGGAAGGAGUACCGACAGCAUCACGAGCACAUAUUUUCAAGCACUGUUGUUGAGGACGCAAUGGAAGGUUACCUUGAGCCUUCUUCUUCCUUUGUUACGCAUCUGGACACCAUAUGGAGGGAAUUCCGUAGCAUAUUUGGGACACUGUUGGGUGGUAAUGGCGUCGAAGAUACGUCCCAAGAAAAGGAAGGUGAAGGUAGCGGCUCCAGAUGA